AUGGCUUUAAACUCGCCCCCUCAAACAACCAUCGUGACCCGUGAAGAUGUACGUGAAAUCAUCAAGGAAGCUAUCCAGGAGCAGUUUGCUUCUAUGCUUGAGCAAAUAAACGCUUCAAUACUCAAAGUCGUAAACAAAGAGCUUGAGCCGAUAAAGAGUGAGUUCGCUGACAUGAUAGCAUCACUAAAUUUCCACGCAAAAGAGCUUGAAGAAUAUCAGUUAGAACAUAAAGCUUUGAAAACCUCUCUAAAAGAUUUACAGACUGAGAAUACUAACCUCAAGAAGUCAGUGGCAGAUAUGGGCAUUCGAAUUAACUAUUUGGAGCAACAGACGCGUUCAACUAAUCUAGAACUUCAAUGCUUGCCAGAAAAUAAACAUGAAAAUCUCUACACGGUCAUUAAGCAACUGGGAACUGUCGUUGGAUGUAAGUUGAGCGACGCCGAUAUUCAUCACUGUACCCGUGUAGCCAAACUACAAAACUCUGGUUCCCGCCCGCGAUCCGUUGUUGUUCAAUUGGCCUCCCCUAGAAUUCGUGACCUGAUCUUGUCUUCAGUCAUAAACUUCAAUAAGGGUAAGAAUAACAUUGAGAAACUUAAUACUUCGGACCUAGGACUAGCUGGUGAAAGGAAGCCAAUAUAUGUGCAAGAACACCUGUCUCCCUCUAAUAAAGCACUGCAUGCUGCUGCUAGGCUAAAAGCAAAAGAAAAAGGAUUUAAAUUUGUGUGGGUCAGAAAUGGUAGAAUCUUUGUAAGAAAAACAGAUGUGUCCGAACAUAUCCUCGUUAAAAAUCUAGACUCAUUGAAUAAAUUAAUCUGA